AUGCUUAUCGUUGGCUUAACAGGCGGUAUUGCUGCUGGUAAAUCCACGGUCUCAGAGAAACUUUCUAAGGAAUAUGGUUUGACCGUUAUAGAUGCUGAUUUAAUCGCCAGACAAGUCCAACAACCAGGACAAUCUGCUUAUAAAAAGAUAGCGAAAUACUUUGGACCUCAAGUUGAAGAUCUCUUUUUAGAAGAUGGCCAAUUGAAUAGACCUUCAUUGGGUAGACAUGUCUUUGGGAACCCAGAAGAAUUGAAAAAAUUGAACUCAUUUGUUCACCCAGCAGUGAGAUACGAAAUUUUCAAACAGAUCAUCAUAUCUUACCUUAAACUACAGAAAUUAGUUAUACUAGAUGUUCCAUUACUUUUUGAGGCUAAACUUGACCAGAUCUGUGGUGCUACAAUUGCGGUUGUUUGCGAUGAAAAAUUACAAUUAGAAAGAUUACUAAAGAGAAAUUCAUAUUUGACUGAAGAAGAUGCUAAACAAAGAAUUAAUUCACAAAUGUCAAACCAUUCAAGAAUACGGAAGGCUGACUAUAUUAUUGAUAAUAGUCAUACUUUAGAAGCAUUAGAUGAAAAUAUACGUGGUGUGGUUCAACGUGUCACACCUUCAUGGAUCAUUUAUUUAUUGGAAUUAUUCCCAGUUUUUGCAGCUUUUUCAGCUUUUGGUACAUUUAUCAUUAGAAGAAUUCAUGAAUGGGAUAACGAUUCGAAGCAAGAAUGA